AUGGUGGCGAAUGUCCUGCAGCUCUACCGAGAGGGCUGCCAGGAGGUGAUUCAGGAAGAGCCCCAGGAGUCCCCGGUGCACCCCCGGGCCCUCGUGGCCAUGCAGCAGUUGAGCAAGCUGAAGCCCCGUCUGAGCAGGGAGGAAAACCGCCACCUCCUGGCUCAGUGCUGCCAGGGCAUCGUGUGCCUUCGUCGCCCGGAGCAGAUGGACAGGAGAGGGCAGACGGCGGUGGCUGCUUCAUGCCCACCGGGUGUGCAGGCGCCAUCCCUGCGAGCGCUGGGCCAGCUCAUGGGAGCCCUUCUCUGGGCAGAGCUGGCCCCCAUCCGCUUCGAGGACAUGGUGCAGGUCCUGCGGCGCUGGCUCACCUCGGCCCACGCAUGCGAGCGGGAGAGGGCCCUGCAGGUGUGCGUGCAGGUGCUGGGCUCUUAUGAAGAGAGAUGCGAGCACAGGCGAGGCCGUGCCUGCGAGUGGUUCGGCUCCCUGGCGGGACUGCUGGGGCCUCUGACGUGCGACACGUCGGCCGCGUCCCGCUGGUGGGCAGUGACCUGCCUCGGCCACCUGCUCCGAACAGGAGCCGAGAACACAGACGUGGCGCCCUGGACCAACGAGAUCGGGCGCCUGCGUGAGAGGCUCAGUGCCAUCACCUCUGAGUCUCUGCUGGCCACCUCCACCAACAUUGCGAAGGUAACUGGCCCCUGGAGUGCAGAGACGUGA